CCCGCCUGGAUCACGUGGCGCCUGUCAUGGCGGCCCCCGUGGCGGCCGGUGGCGGGAUAGUGACUCGGCGGCUGCUGCUGGGGGCGGCCGGGGGGCUGCGGCUCCGCCCGGCGCGGGGCUUCCGCACGGCAGGGGUGUUCCAGGUGGAAGACGAGAGCUGCACAGCGGAGCCCGCGGGCGACGUAGUGAACGUGGUUUUCAUUGACCGUUCCGGGCGCCGGAUCCCCGUGCAGGGCCGCGUGGGGGAGGAUGUGCUGCGCCUGGCCCAGAGGCACGACAUCGAACUGGAAGGCGCCUGCGAAGCCUCCCUGGCUUGUUCCACCUGCCACGUCUACGUGAGCCAGGAGUUGCUGGACAAACUGCCUGUCCCUGACGAAAGGGAGGAAGACAUGCUGGACCUGGCCCCACAGCUGCAGGAGAACUCCCGGCUCGGCUGUCAGAUCAUCCUCACCAAAGAGCUGGAGGGGGCAGAGUUCACCCUGCCCAAAAUCACCAGGAACUUCUACGUGGAUGGCCAUGUUCCCAAGCCCCACUGAAGGCUGGAGGAGGCUCUGGGCUGCCCGUGGCUCUGGGGCUGGGCCUUAUAGAGCCCAAAGCAAGGGGGGCUGGUCGGAGAAGGCUCCGCCGGGGGCCUGCUGGUGACAUGGAGAGGUGGGGGGAGGGGUUGUUUAAUAGGCCCAGGAUGAAGCGCUGAACUUCCUGCAGGCCUUGGGGGGAGAGGAGGAAGAUGGCAGCAGCAAAGAUGCUAGAAUAACCCCCCCACACACCAGCUCUGCCACCCCCUCCCCAGCACCUAUGCUCACAGCCCCAGAGGCGACGUGGGACGGCAGAGGAGAGGGGGCCGUACAACAGCCCUACCUUUUGUGUCCAGGGAACGGGUGUUUAUUGGUGUUGGUUAACAAACCCCACAGCCCAUCUGGGGGAGAGGAAGUGGGGGGACUCUGCCUUCCCCCUGCCUGGCGGUCGGUGCCUCAUGGCAUGUUUUAAUGUACAUUGGGGCCUUGGUGCGUUCCCUGUGCCACUUGCCGGGGACAGCAGGGACCGAAGCCGCAUAUUCUCUGGGCUGGUCACAGUCGCUCAGCCUGUGUCACGCUGGAACCUCAGGAUCAGGGCCACAUUCGGUUAUUAAAGCUCACGUUUGUACAA